ACAGUGUUCCUCCACCAUGGACUUUUCGAUUAUCAAUUUUAGUACGUAGUUAUGGCCAUUUGAUUUGAUUUUCGCAUCUUUUAAAGUCAUGGAUGCGCAUAUACGGAACAGACUCGGGAAGUAUAAACAUGCAGAUCUCUGUCAUAACGAUGUUAGGAGGGCACUACACCAAUAUUCCUGCUUAAUACCAAACCUGCAAAACUUUACGCACAAUGAUGGGAGAGAAGUUGAAUUACUUGCCCUAGAUGGAACUCUCCCUGUUAUGAUUAGAGGUGUCACAUACAACAUUCCAGUGUGUGUCUGGCUGCAGGAGAACCAUCCUUAUGUUCCCCCUCUGGUAUUUGUCAAACCAACAAGCACAAUGGCUAUCAAAGCAUCUCAAUAUGUGGAUACCAGUGGAAAAGUUUACCAUCCUUUUCUACACGAGUGGAGCCAUCCUAAAUCUGAUCUUGCUGCCCUGCUUCAGAUUCUCUGUGGUGUUUUUGCACAGCAAUCACCAGUUUAUGCAAAAAAUACACCAACACCACUACAACCCACUCAUUACAACAUGCCACAACAGCCACAUUACCCCCCUCAGUAUGGUGGUUAUUCCCCCAAUCCAGGGGCAAUGCCGCCAUACCCUGUAGGAGGAUCUCCAAGAAUGCCAGUGCCGCAACACAUGCCUAUGCCAGGGAGCAGCCCAGGUAGACCAAGUGGCAGCAGACCUCCAUUUCCCCCUUAUCCCCCUGCAGGUGGGUCCAAUAUGGGACCAUCCAAUCCCCCUUACCCUGUAACCAAUCAUGCAAGGUAUCCCCCUAGUACACAACCUUCUUAUCAUGGUCCAGCUGCAAGUAUUCCACCUGUCACUCAGGCUAAUUUGGUGACAACUGAAAACUCAACUGCAAUGAGCAGCACUUUAAAGGAUGAGGAAAUUAAGCUAUCACUACGGUCUGCACUUGAAGACAAAAUAAGAAGAAGUACAAGGGCAUUGUUUCAGCAAGCACAGAUUGAAUUAGAUGAGUUGAACCGAACCCAGGACGAGUUAAAACGAGGAAGUGAAAAACUACGAGAUAUUCUUCAGAAACUGGAAAGAGAACAGGCGGACGUGGACAACGACAUCAAAUUGUUGACACAAAAAAAUGAAGAGAUUUCUGAGGUUGUCAACAAGUUAGAAUCUAAUUCUGAAAACCUUGAAAUUGACGAAGCAGUAGUGACGACAGCUCCUCUUUACAAUCAAAUUCUCAAUCUGUUUGCGGAGGAGAAUGCAGUAGAGGAUACGAUAUAUUAUCUCAGUGAAUCUCUGCGUAAAGAAGCUAUAGAUUUAGAAGUUUUUCUUAAGCACGUAAGGACAUUAUCAAGGAAACAGUUUAUGUUGCGAGCCCUUCUACAUAAGGCAAGAAAAACAGCCGGAUUAACGGAAGUAGUGGGAUAAAGUGUAACGCGUCUAUAUAGAUAUUUAGCUGUGUAAUCUCUGAAUUUGCCCGCCUAAGGGAGUUACGAAAGGUUUUUCUUCUUUUUUUUUUGUUUUUUUGUUUUCCUUUUAGGUAGAGUAAUUAUUUUAGAUCGCCUUUAGCGGAAAGAGAUUAUUCCACAACAGAAGAAUAUUUUAUAGUGAAGUUUCGGUUAUUAUCUCACAAACCAAAUAUUUCGAACAACCGCUACUGAGGCCUGUAUGCAGCUCGUGAAAUUAUGAACCAAAAAUUUCGCAAAAGUGGAAGGAUACCUCACGUGCAGCUCAAUAGUACUACAGUAGAUGAUCGUGGAACUGUUAUUUCGUUUGGCUCCGACGAAAUAGGUUUAUUCUGCUUGUGUAAUGACUUGGACCACGUUUUCAGUCGAAUCUUCGAUGUUUUUAGAUAUGAUUUUUGCCAUGUAUAUGUGACUGAAAAGAUGUUUGUAAAGCUAUUAAGAUAAUACUGUACCCAUUAAAUGACAAAAAUUGGA